UUAGUAAUAUUAUGAGUUAUAAGGAGGAUCAAAUAAGGGAUGAUGAAACUUCGUCAGAUACAUCUAAUGGUUCUACAACCUUAUUAAUUAAUAAAAUCGUUGACUUGGAAAUUGAAGAACAUUCAGAAUCCCCUGUAGCAGAAACGGCCCAAGCUGUUUUAUCUGAAGAUCUGGAUUAUAAUCCUUCCAAUGUAUUAAAUAGUUUUUUAGAACAUGAAAAGUAA